GCAAAAAGAAAAACACUUUACUGCGCCUGAACAAUAAGCUUUUAAGGUACAGUAACGACUUCUGUAUUCUUCAUAGUAACAAUAGCAACUUGAGAAUACUCAAUUUCCAAUUUACCCAAUCAACUUGAAUACAGAACCAUGGAUCCAUGGAUUUACAACAAUAAAAAAGAUCUAUAUGUGACACUGUUACCCAGUAUAGUAUCAGUACACAUACCAUAAAAAGAAGAGAAGAAGGAAAAAAAGAAAGCAAAAAAAAAAAAAAAAAAAAAAAAAAAGGUACCUCCUACCCAUACCAAACUGGAAGUCCAUCAAGGUCCUCAUGAACCUGUAACCUGGAACGCCAUUCAACCCACAGUACAUACAUAUUCCCACCUCAAAUUUCCCUUUCGCACACCAUAAAAGAAUAAGAGCCUCAAAUAUUUCAUCAUCUUCUGCACCUGGUGUCGAUCCAUCCAUACCCCAGAUCCCUCGAGCCCUAGGCGCAUUGGUCAAUAUUCAUUAAGCAGUCAAAAACUCAGCCUUCAACAACUUGAUCAACCCUUUUACAUCUACAAUAUUGUCUCACUCUCUCUCUCUCUCUCUCUCUCUCCAUCUUAGGUCGUGUUAUGCGAAGAAUUUCGCCUAGACAUGACAAUAUACCAAACCAUGGACGACCCAGUCGACAUGAACGAGGCCAAUUAUGGCCUACCUUCACUCACCUCUUCACCUUCGGUGGAGAGGUACACAAACUCGGUUGCGCCUAGUGACCACAAUUUCGAGAACGCGUUCUCAUUCAACCCGUCGCUCUUCGAUACCAUCGAGCCGUCCUCUUUAGAUCUCUUUCACACCUCCCACGACGACAACUGCCUCGACAAGUGCCCCAACUUCGGUUCGCAAGGUGUACAGCGGAAUGUAUAUGGGCCGACCUUCCCCGCAAGACCUCGCUAUAACACAGCGUCUCUUGCCUACGCGUACCAGAUGGAAAACAGUCAUUUCCAGUUACAAGCGCCGCAAUUCGACAAUCAAUUUUACAUGGGCGCCUAUGCAGGUAACCAGUUCAACGUCGCAGACCUAGGGGCCUCGUCACAGCAGCAGCCUGUCCCAGAAGACACCGCUUCCGUCAGUUCGAGCAAAUAUUCCUGCUCUGACUGUUGCUCGAACCCGGAAUGCGAAAAGGAGGAUGUCUGCCAACAGGAAACGUGCGCGGAUGAGGGAGUGCCUUGUGACAGCACGCAUUGCCUCGAAGAUGGCUCGCAACCCAUCUCUCAGCAUCCUGAGAAGUCUGCCGGACAGACAAGCGAGCAGUCUUUUGAGCAGUUGUGGGACAUGCACCAGGGCUGGCACGCUCAGAUGCAGCAGGAUAUCAACUCAAUCCUGCACAACAACGAGCCCUGCAAUCACACGAACACGGAACACGAUGUUGCGAUUACUCUGCGGGACUUGAGUGCGCCUGCUGCCGCGGCCCCCUCGCAACAUCAGAACCAAGUGUUCCAACAGCUUGGUUGUCACCUCAAUAACCCUGUCCCGCCCAUGUACACUCCUCAGCAGUUCGCGUUGCCUAUCCAAACGCACCCGAGCGUCACGUCCACCCCGGAUAUCAAUUCGGUGCCGCCUUCUUUGGAAGAAUCUUGUCAGAGGCCUGGGACUGCGUCUAAGCAUGUCUGCCAGUGGAUAUUGCCCGCAGAGGGUCUAGGGAUCCAGGGAAACGUAUGCGGACAUGUUUGCAACGAUAGCAACUCUCUACAAGAGCAUCUGUGUGAGGCACACGUUUCUCUGCUUUCUAGCAAGACGAAGUACCUCUGCUCUUGGAAGGAUUGUACUCGCCGUGGUGACCAAAGCUUCCCGUCUCGCAACAAGCUGACGCGUCAUAUGCUAACCCACACGGGUUAUAAGCCAUACGAAUGCGAGACGUGUCACCAAAGCUUCUCGGCGCAGCAGGCUCUGGACCAGCACGUGAGAACACACACUGGUGAGACACCGUUCAAGUGCGAUUAUGAGGAUUGCGGGAAAGCUUUUAAACAGCAAAGCGCCUUGACUAUGCAUAAGCGUACACACACAGGCGAGAAGCCGCUGGUGUGUGAAGAAUGUGGCAAGCGGUUCUGCGAGUCGUCCAACUUAUCAAAGCACCGCAAGACGCAUAACGCCGAGUUUAUGCACAAAUGCGAGGUAGCAGGCUGUGGGCGAGAAUUCCUACGCGCCGACCAACUACGACGACACCAGUUGGUCCACGAGGACAGACGAAAGAGGAAGACGAGCACCCGCCGCGCAAGAGCGAGAGGGUCAGUCUCGUCGUCUGUGUCAUUGGACACGCCGGUGACACCAGAGACUCCAGCAACACCGCAAAUCCUGGAAGAGAAGGAGCAGAUGACCGAGACCCAAGUCUAGGAUUCUUGGAAUGGUAGUUCUGACUCGAACGCGACGCAAGCACAAGCCCAGCAGUUUACUGGGUGGUUCGACAACCAGGGUAAUUGGAACAGCGGUCUCCAAUAUGCUCAAAACGCGAACCAAGGAGUUUGGCAAGACGGUCUACAGUAUAACCAACUGGAAGGCCAGGGAAGUUCGUUAUUAGGGGGUACCCAGCACAACCAGCUCGAAACCCAGGGUGCUUGGUUGGGUGGCGUGCAACCAAACGGAUUCGAAAACCAGGGUGCUUGAUCUGGGAACAAGCAACCCCUUCAAUUCUAAUUCAGCAUUUGCGACACGGAUUUUUUUUUUUUUUAAAAAAAAGGGCCCUUGGGAAUAUCUAGGGAAGCGUUGAAUGAAACGAUCUUGCAAAGCGGGCACAGCAUUUUGGGAGCGUUUGGGGGGGGAGGAGUUCAUAUAUAAAGGGACAGAACAUGGACAUGGACAUGGACAUGAACAUGGACAAUGGACAUUUUCAAGGCAAUGUACAAAAGCGAUACCAGGAUACCUAGCGUUUUGAUUCACAAAUUACAUAACUAUACAAGAGAUCUUUUCGCUCUCUUUUUGAAUUUAAUUGGCUGAGUACUAG